GUGAUCCAAGAGACAACUCCGCGUAGAAAGGAAUGGGCCGAAGAGACGAGCACCACCGAAAUGUGGUCAUCGUCUUCAUCACGAGGCGGCUGGCAUUCACCGUAUGAUACUGCUGUUACCGCAAGACCAGCAGCACCCUACAGCACGGUUUCUGUCUCCUCCAUGGGCACACCGUCCGCAACGACGGCCAGAGCCGCCAAACAAGACCUUGUCGAGGAGAGAAAGACAACAGAAUCGUGGACCACAACGAAGGUGCGUGGUGGUGAAGCGGUGGCACCAGUGAUAGCCCCGCUUGUCGUUGAACGAGAGAAGAUCGAGGAGCCGCGUCCAGCCUCGUCUUCAACGACCAUAAUCCGCGACCACGACUGGCGGGGUGGUGUGGAAAUGACCGAAACAUGGGACAGUACAAGUGCACGUCGUGUCGGUUCCUAUUCGACUGCAUCCACGCUUGAGAAAACACGAGAAUUGGACGAUGAGCCUCGACCACACGAAGAUGGCACCAAGCCUGCAGCAACAACGUGGACUGUUGUCAGAUCAACUCGUUACGAUGAGGCCAAACAGCCAGAACCUGCCAAAAAACCAGAAGAAAAGGAUAUCUCGUCAGGCUACAGUAGCCGUACUGAAUCACGUACCUCAAGAUGGGACACAGACCUGGUAAGUUAUCAAAAAUCUUUCAUUCGGUUCCGUUUUCCAUCUCAUGUGCAACCUACGGAGAUGACUUCACCAGUUACUUGA